AUGCGUCUUUUAGCUGCUUGUCUUUUCGUUGCUGGUUCAACCGGGUUAGCUCAAGCUGCUCGUGUCGUUUAUGAUUGGGAUAUCACAUAUGCUACUGCAAACCCUGAUGGUCUCUUUGAACGUCAAGUAGUUGGUGUCAACGGUGUCUGGCCUCCACCUCCCGUCGAGUGUACUGAAGAUGAUACUCUUGUCAUUAAUGUCAAUAACAAGUUGAACAUUAACACUGCUCUUCACACUCAUGGUAUGUUCCAAAAUAACACUGGUUAUAUGGAUGGUCCCGUCGGUGUCACUCAAUGUCCUAUUGCUCCUGGAGAAAAGUUCACUUACGAGUUCGUUGUUGCUCAACACGGUUCUUACUGGAUCCAUUCCCAUUUCAUGGGUCAAUAUAUGGAUGGUCUUCGUACACCCUUUGUUGUACAUGCCAAAAACGAAACUUACAAAUACGAUCACGAUGUAACCAUUCCUUUCCAAGAUUGGUACCACAAGCAAAGUGAAGAGAAUCUCGCUAUUUUCUUAAACGAAGAUAACCCAACUGGUGCUGAACCUGUUCCCGAAUCUGGUUUCAUCUUUAACAACGUCAAUGAUACUCUCUCCUUUGAGGCUGGUAAGACUUACCGUCUUCGUUUGAUCAAUAUGUCUGGUUUCUCCAUGUUCUUCUUUAGUAUUGAUGGUCACGAUAUGGAUAUUAUCGAAGUGGAUGGUAUUGAUGUUGCUCGUCAAACUACCAAGGCUGUUUCUUUAACUGCUGCUCAACGUGUCUCUGUUCUUGUCACUGCCAAAAAUACCACCGAUGUUAACUAUUACAUGCAUGCUGAUAUGAACAUUGACAUGUUCGAUAUCGUUCCUGAAGAUCUCAAGGUGAACUUGACCAUUCCUCUUCUCUACAAUAAUAACUCUGAUACCAAGUUUGCUGAAAGUGAAGAUCUUGGUAUGGAUGGUGAAUUUGAUGAUUUCCCUCUUGUCCCUCUUGAAGUUCAACAUGCUGUUCCCUUUGAUCACCAAGUCAACUUAACUUUUGCUUUCGAAGUCACUACCAACGGUAUUAACCGUGGUAUGUUUAACGAACUUCCUUAUCUCUCUCCCAAGGUUCCCUCUCUCAACACUUUGCUUACUCAAGGUAACUACUCCUUAUCUGAAGAAGUCUAUGGUCCUCAAACUCAAGCCUUUGUCUUGAAGCAUUUGGAUAUGGUUGAAAUUGUCUUGAACAAUCUUGAUGCUGGUGCACAUCCUUUCCAUCUUCACGGUCACGUCUUCCAAUUGGUAGGUCGUGGUGACGGUGUUUAUUCCGGUGAUGACUCUGUUGUUGAAUGGCAUUUAGAUAACCCUGCUCGUCGUGAUACCAUUCAAGUACCUGAAGAGUCCUUUGUUCUCCUCCGUUUCAGAGCUGAUAACCCUGGUGUCUGGUUCUUCCAUUGUCAUAUUGAAUGGCAUUUGGAAUCAGGUCUUGCUGCUACCUUUGUUGAAGCUCCUGAUGUAGCUCAACAACGUAUGAAGUUACCCGAACAAUUCGAGAACACCUGUAAGGCUGUUGGUAUGGAAUACAAUGGUAAUGCUGCUGGUAAGCAAGGUCUUGAUCUUGAAGGUGCACCCAGUGGUGUCUAUUUACUCUAUGAUGGUUUCACUGCUGCUGGUAAGGGUGCUAUGGCAGGUUGUUGUCUUGCUGCUUUACUUGGUAUGUUGGCUAUCGUUGCCUACUCUCAAGUCGAUCCUCUUAAGGAAGCUCGUGCUAUUGCUGAAGCCAAGGCUGCCAAGUUGUAA